GACUUGGACGUAGGGUACCACAGUGUUCAGUGAGUGCUGACUGGCCGAUGCAAGCGAUGGAGUGUCCGUACACACGGGAGCACACGUUGCACUGUCGAGGUUCCUGAGAUAGAGAGAGACUCCGAGGCCACAUCGCGAAGCACCCUCUAUGAAUUGAACUACAACGAUGACUAAAUUGGGCAGUUUGGACGCCAUAUCAAUGUCGUAAGCUGUCGCGCCUGCCAAGUCCGGCGUGGUAGGGUGCGCCGAACAUGCCGUCAGGCACUUCCCCGCCGAAUCCAGCCGGUGUUCUAUGCAGACCCUGUUUCCUAUUUCGUCGCAGUGUUUAUACGCUCCAUAGAGGGGUGUAGGUCUCCAAUGCGACGUCGUUGCAGUCGAGUAUAAGACGUACCCGAGCCUUUGGCAGGUCAGCAGCAGCACACUGCAGGAGGUCUUUCUCCUUCACACUCUUCACGGUCCUCACUUCGAUCUCCAAUCCUCUCCACUUCUUCACUUCGCGACCCUAGCCAAAAUGGUCCAGACGUUCAUUCUCACCCGCUCCUUCGCCAUCUCUGCGCUUGUCGUCGGUGCCUUUCCCGUCGCAUACGCCGCGCCCGUCCCCAAGGUCGUAGUUCACGAAGCGAGGCACGAUCCUCGUGGGUGCCGUUUGAUGGGAUGCCUCUACGCUCUUCCGACCGGACAGGAAGACACCAACGCCACGAACAGCGCUAGCGUGACGACAUCCCAGACGACGCUGUCGACAGACUCACUACAAGUCAUCGACUUCCUCAUUUCCACUCUGACCUCCGCGCGCAAUUCACUGAGCUCGUCAUCUACAUCCACGAGCGCGGUGACGGUAGACGCAGUAGUGCCUUCUGUCGACAUCGGGGAGGAUAUCGCGGACCAUUCUUUCGCGGAGGAACUUGCAGCGAGUCUCUCUUCUGACAUGAAAGCACCAUCGCCACCCCCAGUAGCAGAGGCGACGGUACCAACCGCCGAGGUGACGCCGGCAGAGAACGAAGCUGCCAGUCUCGACGCCCUUGUUUAAAGAAUGUCGUCGCAUUCGUCCUCCUGGUGCCCGACGACCAUGAGUCGUGUCCCCCUCGAGUUUUCGUGUUCCGCGCGCUCCCUCCCCCUCUUCCAUUAUACGGCUCGGACCUUCCGUGCUCCGGCUCGCGUUACCUUUCCUACCGGCGCUGCCUUCUCACGCGUUCGCUGCACCCCAUCCGUCCCAUCUGGCAACCUUGUUCGUGCGAUGGAACUGCCGGCUGUGCUGGCAUUGUCAAACACGCUCUGAGUCUUGCUCAAGACCUUCGGAUGUAUUCUCUCAUUCCGUCGAGUGCGCACUCCAUUAAACCGUUCGUCCUUCCCGUGUAGCGACACUUUAGAUACUCCGCGUCCCCUUCCCGUCUGCUGUGCACUUACUCUUGUUGUAAUAUCACUCACCUAGUUGUUGCUGCUCUUCCAAUCUGCUCUCCAUCAUUACCUGUCGACUCAUCAACGGUUUGUAUCAAUA